AUGUCGGCUACAUCGGAUACGCGUGUUUGCAUCAAGAAUCUUCCGCUCCAUACUUUUGAGCAAGACUUAAAGGAAUUCUUGGUUGAAUCCAUCGGCAAUACCAAAUUGGAGAUUACAGAUUGCAAGGUGCUCAAGAAUGCCAAGGGGAAAUCCAGGAAGGUAGCCUUUGUGGGUUUCCGUGAUGCCAGUCAAGCAAAAAUGGUGGUUGAAAAAUUUGACAAGGCGUUCAUGAGAAUGAGCCGACUCUCAGUCCAGCCAGCACUGACCAAACCGGAAAAGAAAGACGAAAAGGCAGCCGAUGUCAUAGAAAAAAAAGCUACUGACAAGAAUGAAACAGGCAAAGCAAAAACAAAAACAAAAAAAAAGCCUACCAACCCAGAAAAGAAAGGAUCAAAAUUUUGGGGAAACGAUGAAGGAGAUGAGAAUCAAAUCGAGCAUCAAGUCGUUGAAGAAAAAGUCGUCGAAGUUGAGAGCAGCCCAAAACCUGAUAAUUCGAACAGACUUGUUAGUGAGGGUGAAAGUAGCGACAGCAGCAGCUCAGAUGAAUCAGAUAUUGAAGAUGACAUGUCCGUGGAUGCAGCUGUGAACAUGGCAAAAGAAAGCGCUCCAGUUCUAAACGAUAUGGACUUCUUACGGUCGAAACAAUCAGCUGCUGAUGAUUUGAACGAGGACGCUGACACGUCGUCUUCUUCUUCAUCGUCGUCGUCGUCGAGCGAUUCCAGUUCCGAUGAUAGUUCGAGCAGUGAUUCUGACAGUGAGGAAGAGGAAAAUGAAAAAGUAGGAGCAGCAGACACCAUAAAAAACAGUCAAGAAAUGCCAGCAGAAAAGAACACGAACGAAGAAAUUGAAGGUGAAGGUGAACAAGGCGAGAAGGAUGACGAAAACGAUCUGAAAGAGGAAGCACCGCAGUCUCGAUUGUUUGUCCGAAACUUGCCUUUUGGAACCACAGAAGAGGAAUUAUCCGAGUACUUCUCAUCGUACGGAAAAGUGAUUGAGUGUCAUGUUCCAAUGGAUAAUCAGAUGGAGAACAACAAGGGCUUUGCUUUUGUUGCCUUUGGUUCAGCCUCCGAUGCAUUUCAAGCUCGCACUGAACUUGAUAAGAAAGACUUUCAAGGGCGUCUGUUGCACAUUUUGCAAGCGCGUCCUGCUCCAUCAGCUCCAAAGCUCGAUGAUCUCAAUUUAACAUGGAAACAACGACAAGAACUUGCUCGAAAAGAAAGGGAGACAAAGGGAUCAGAAGUCGCCAAGGGUUGGUCAGCAAGUUUUGUGCGUGGUGAUGCUGUUGUCGAUAACUUGGCAGACAAGUUGGGAUUGCGAAAGGGUGAAAUUCUCGGCGUGAAAGACAAGCUUUCAUCUGGAGACGCGGCCGUCAGAUUGGCCUUGGGAGAAACCCAAAUCAUUGAAGAGAAUCGUCAGUAUUUCAAGGAACACGGUGUUGAUAUGGAUGCGUUGGUGUCUGCCGACAGCAAGGAUACCAAACGAAGCAAGACAUCCAUUCUAGUUAAAAACUUGCCGUAUGAUACUCGUGUGGAAGACCUUAGCAAGUUGUUUCAAAUUGGAGAGUCCACUAUCACUGUUCUACUUCCACCAUCUCGGUCCAUUGCGCUCGUAAAGUAUGGUCACUCGGCAGAUGCAAAGCGUGCCUUCAAGAAGCUUGCUUAUCGCCGAUUCAAGCAUGUUCCAAUUUAUCUGGAGUGGGCACCGCUGGCAGCAGCAAGUGAUGCAUCUACCAGCUCGACUUCCGCGGAACUUGCAGCAGGAGCAUCACCAGCAUCGACAACAGCGACAACAGCAACAGUACCAGCAAAACCAGCCCCUCAAAUCGAAGAACAAACCGAAAACUUGGAGGAUGAGGAUACCAAUGCUGAUGGAACCGUUUCCUCUACAAUUUACGUCAAGAAUCUAAAUUUUCAAACCACGGAAGAAAUUCUUCGAGAUGUCUUUGAGAAGAGUGUGGAUGGCGUUCGAUUUGUCCGCAUCCCCCAAAAGACAGCCCCUGCCAAGAAGGGCCAGUCCGAAGCUCAAUCCAUGUCCAUGGGAUUUGGUUUUGUCGAACUUUCCUCGCAGACUGCUGCCGAGAAAGCCAUCAAGAAACUCAAUGGAAAGAUGGUGGACGGCCACGCAUGGGAACUUUCCAUUUCUUCGUCUCGUGGAAAGAAAGCGACAUCCACAAAGACGCCCAAAACAGGAGGCAAGAACCCCACCAAACUCAUUGUACGCAACGUCCCGUUCCAAGCAACGCGUACCGAACUCCUCAAGUUAUUUGGUUCCUUUGGUCAAUUGCGCAAGGUCCGACUCCCCAAAAAGUUUGAUGGAAGUCACCGUGGGUUUGCCUUUGUGGACUUUGUAACCUCCAAGGAAGCCCAAGAAGCCAUGAGUUCAUUGUCCAGAACUCACUUGUACGGACGUCACUUGGUGUUGGAAUGGGCCACCAACGAAGACCAAGAUGUGGAGAUGCUUCGCGAAAAGGCCAAGCGGGACACUUCUCCUUUUCCGGCCAAACCACAAAACAAGCGCAUCAAGUUUUCGGAUUAA